UGAGCGCGAAUUAUUGACAUCUGGACCGGCUGGUUGAUUGCUACAGUCUUUUCGCCGUUGGAUGGACUCGGUGCACAAAGAGGGAACGCGAGAUAAAGUUGGUAGAUAAACAAUCCGUUUAUGCGAGUACUCACUCACACUGGUCGUAGUAGGCGCUGGACAAAACUGGACAUCGGUCGCAGCCUACUUACACAAACAUCUAGCAACGGAGAGGUGCCUUCACGCCAUGCCGUCGUCAUUAAUUCGUCAAUCCAUCAACAACGAUUCGUACCUGUCUUGAGCGCAUUAGUCGUCUUGGAGAAACCGGAGAGGAAAUAACGAUCGAGUACGACUUACUCUCUGCGGUUACUUGAACUGGCUGACUAGAAGACUACCUAUAAGACGUUUAGGUUUAGAGUUACUCUGGUUAGUCGGUUUUUGCACUCGGGAUAGUAGAGAGCGGUUAUUGCGAUCGCGUUGCGUGUUAUCGGUCGAUCCUUGAAAGGGAUAAUCUGAUCUAGUGAACGGUGUGCUCUGGUGAAGGUGCAUUACAAGGGCUCUUUAGCAGCAACAGAACAAAGAAAAUCACAUUCUCGGAAGCAUUAUAGCGUGUUUGUGUACAGUGAAAGCAUUGUCCAAAUUUAGGUGAAAAGUGCAUCAUAAGCGAUGGAGGUCAACACCAGCACAGUCGAGAACCUAUUGGGGAUUGGACGAGCCGACGAUGAUCAUGACCAUGAGGAAGAUGAAGGGGAUAUUGUGGCCGCCAAGGCAACUGCCAUGGUAGUUUUGUUCGCUGUGAGCAUGAUUUGCGGAAUUGUGCCGUUCAAAUUGGCGAAAUGGUUCAAAUGGACGGACAGUGCCUCCGACGCAAAAGCCAGCCUCGUGGUUUCCAUAUUACUGUCAUUUGGAGGAGGGGCACUUCUGUGUACUACUUUCCAGCAUCUAAUACCUGAGAUCAACGAAGCCAUUCACGACCUCACCCAGCAGGGACUUAUGCCAGAGUUGAGUUUCAGUUUGGGAGAAUUUUUAAUGUGCGCCGGUUUCUUCAUUAUCUAUCUAGUCGAAGAAUUAGUGCACGUGUAUCUGCACAGACAUGAGCGCAAAAUGCAUGAAGCCAAAAUGAACGAGCUGGAAGUUGCCGGUGGCGCUAUUAUGCGAGGUACACAUGCGAGAGAGAGCAUUAUUAUGCGAAAGAAAAACACUGAAAAUCGCAACGGAAGUAUUUCCACCGCAGAUCUAAUCUCGAAUGAUAUGGAAAACCAGAAGCGGGGGAUUUCGGUCGCUUCAAAUAAUAUGUCAGUGGCGCAUUCAGGGCAUCCCCAUGACCACCACGUGCAUCAUCAUAUCCCACCAACGGAAACGGACGGAAAGAUUGUCUCAUCUAUUCGUGGCCUGCUGAUUGUGCUGGCACUUUCAGUGCAUGAGCUGUUCGAGGGACUGGCAGUUGGCCUGGAAGGAUCUGCCGCAACUGUUUGGUACAUGUUUGGGGCAGUGGCCGCCCACAAGUAUGUGAUAGCUUUCUGCGUGGGAGUGGAACUGAUUGUUGCCCGUACCAAGUUCUGGUUGGCAGUUGCAUACAUCUUCACCUAUUCGGUAGUCAGUCCACUCGGGAUGGCGAUCGGAAUCCUCCUCAGCAACGGUUCUUCUUCGGACGAUACCCAAGUCGUUUCCGUUGUUCUGCAGGGUUUGGCCUCCGGAACGUUGCUGUAUGUUAUUUUCUUCGAAGUACUCUCCAAGGACCGGUCCGGAUUGUGGCAGUAUUUGGCCGUGUUUUGCGGAUUCUUCUUCAUGUUUGGCAUCAAGUUCCUGACCGGACAUAGCCACAGUCACAGCCAUGGACUGACGGGAGAUGACCAUGACCACGACCACGAUCAUAACCAUGAUCACCACUAGCGGGUCGCGAUCGGCCGAUGGAGAUCCGAGAAGAAGCUUAUCGUCACCGUUUGCUACAAGUGAACACGUGAAUGUAGGCAGCAGGAGAUCGAAGUGACGGAGGGUCGUAACAAUUGUUGCCGAACAAUUAUUGUUAAAAAAAACGAGUAGAAAUAUGAACAGUAUUUGCUUGAGGUGAGCCGGCGUCCGAAACUCUUUGCAGCUGUGAUAGUGUGAAAACAAGUUUUAACCUUACACAAAAGGAUAGAAGCUUCUUAUACGAUUUGAUAGAUGUUUAAGAAACCAUAGAUAGAUAGCGAGUUUUAUAAUGAAUAUCGGUUUUAGUACAAACCGCUGGAUGCUUGAGGAUGUGA